CCCCCCCCCGGCAACCCGAAACCCGGGUCUUCGGGUUGGGUUGGGGUGGUCUGGUAGGUGAUCAGCAAGACUUCGAUUCGCAAGGGCAGGCGUCACUUUUGAGUGUGAAGGUGGCAUACGGGGCCAAGGCGUGCGGUAGCCUGAAGCAUCCGUGCGCGCUGUGCAGGAAGAGCAAGGGAAUCUCGCAGCAAGCCUUGGAUGACGCGUUGGGGGAGGGCGCUCUGGAGGGCAGGGACCUGAAGGCGCUGCAUUGCCGUUUGGCCCACGUGUUCUGUGAACUCGACACCCUGCAUUCCCUGGGGGAGGAGUGCGCGCAGAAGGAGGCGUACAUCGUGGCCCUGCUGAACGCCAGGGGCCAUGCGGGAGGCUCCGCGGCCCAGGCCUCGCGGGCCGAGCGAGCCGCGAUGAAGCCGCAGGAGGCGGCAGCCUGGCUGACAGUGCGGGUCGGAGUGGUUGUGCUCGCGGGUCCUGCCGUUCCGUUUGGGCGCCCUCCGGGAUUUCUGGGUCCCGUGGGGGUGUGCCCCGCGGCGCGCCCAUGUUGGCGUUCCUUGUCGAGCUCGAACGACGUGUCCAGUCCAGUCUGUACA